GAACAGGCAGCAGUACCGCUUCUGUUCUCUCGGUGUAUAGUUGCAAAGUUCUGAGGAAAGCGCGGCAACCAGACUACGUUCUUUUUUUAUUGUUGAAUUUGCUAUUAUUGCAUUCUUCUUAACUUGUUUCAAAGGUUAAUUAGGAGAAUGACUGUGGAAAUCGAUAAAGAAGAAUUAAAGAAACGUUUGACACCGCUACAGUGGCACGUCACGCAGGAAAAGGGUACAGAGAGGCCUUUUUCUGGUUGCUACAAUAAAUUCUAUGAGAAAGGCACGUACACCUGCAUAAUCUGUGAUCAAGAAUUGUUUUCUUCUGACACAAAGUACGAUAGUGGUUGUGGUUGGCCUGCAUUCAAUGAAGUAUUAGAACAGGGACGAGUCAAGUUAACCAAAGAUACUUCACAUGUUGGUGGAAAUCUACUACUGCUGAUCGCAAACCCAGAUAUGGUGCGGACCGAGGUGACCUGUUCAAAGUGUGGUGCACAUUUGGGACAUGUAUUUAAUGACGGGCCAAAACCUACAAGGAAGCGAUUUUGCAUCAACUCGGCAUCCAUAAACUUUCAUUCGGCAGGAGAAGAGAAAAAGAUGACAUCGUAAAACUAAGGAGGGCAUAAGUUUUUAAUAAAAUCUUUGAAAAUGUUUAAAAUAUCUAACUUAUCUUAUCGACAAAAAGAAUUUAUAUUUCUUAAUAAAAUAUGACUCUAUUUGAUAUUUUGUAAUUUGCUGUUACUAUUUUGUUACUCUUUGGAACUGUAAAGUUCCUUUAAUGACAAAAGCAAUCAUGUUAUUAAAAAACAAUAAAUAUUUUUAUGUUAAAUCUUGGCUUACAUAUUCCAUAGUUGCUACGAAUAUAUGUCUUGUCUAUGCGUCGUGAACUCUGAGAUUAAUAACAUUUAUUGGAAAGCAUAGAUUAUAAUACACAGAUGUACAUCCAUAGCGACAAAGCUGUUAAUGGGAUACUAGCGAAUAAUAGUGAAUAUCUGCAUUAUUAUAACCUUAGAAUAAAUUCGAUUCUGUACAUACACUCUAAAUGACUGUAAAAUAAUACAUUUAGUGUGUAUAAAAUAUAAAAAAUUAAUGUAAAACACUUAUCAACUAACUUAUAAAAGCAUUCUAUUAUUUUUUCAUGUUACGCAUUUCAUGAACAGAACGUGUAAAUAAUAAGUACUAUUUAUUUGUCUGAAUAUAUAUACUAAUAAUAUAAAAAGUUUGUUAUACCUUGUAAUUAUUUGUGGUGCACAGUCUUUUAUAUCCAAAAGGAAAAUCCAACUACGUUUGAGUUUCAUAAAUUUACUCUACUCUUACUGUAUCUAUAGAAGAAAUACUUGAUCGUUCAAUAUUAUAAAAUAGAAGGAAGGAUGAUUUCAUUCAAAGAACUAGGACGUUUUGUUAUAAAAUGUUUCCUUAUAUUUUAACGUUUCAAAACAAACUAAAAGAUGUUACAGUACAAUAUAUACGCAAAUUCUAGGCAUAAUUUUUACAAUAAUUCAUUAUCCAUUUGCUGCUUUCUUUCAUUUUUAAAUUCGACACUGUUAAGUAUUAGUUUUCCUGAGAAACCAGAAUUUUACCAAAUAUUUUCAUUAGAUAAUAAAAGCCAAUUUUAUACAAAUAGUAGAGGUACAGUUGAAGUGGGAAAUUUUAUUAAAAAUUUGAAGCCAAAACGUUUACUGUGACAUGUAUAAAUGAACUAGCGGCUUCAGUAUCAGUAGGCCUAAUUUAUUUUAUAAUUGAGAUCUCGAAGCAUUUUCAAAAACAUCAUAAAAAAGGUAUUGAAAACAUGCAUAUACAUACUUAACUUGAUUUGUGUAUAGGAACCUAUUUCAUAGUUCUAAACUGACAAUAAUACAUUCCUUACGAGGAUACAUAAAUGCACUUGUAACGGUAAUCAAGAUGAAGAUGCAAAAACAUUUACACUUGUCCACAUUUUUAUCAUAUGUUUUAUACGUAAUUUUGUAUUGUUUAUCAAUAUUAAAAUAAUGACGAUUGCUUGCUAAUUUCAUAAAUAAUGUUUACUUUUAUUACAGUAAGGCAUAUUAAUACAACUUUUGUACUUUUGUUUAUUCUCUAUACAUAAGCAACAGGAUUCAUUCAAAAUAUUCAUAUUUCUAAUUAUUAUUUGCAUGUGUUUUUAUACAAAUUUUUCAAAAUAUGGACAAGUAAAAUUUUGCAUCUAACUUGCCUCGAUUUACGAAUAAAAACGAAUCUUAUAGAUAGCUACUACUUGUAGCUGAAAUAUGCUUAAUAACUGUCGCAGUAAUAUAAUAGACAUAAAAUGGACGUUACUUCUUUUUUCUAAAGAUAUUUGUGAAAAUGCAGGACCUCGUUCAGUAUUUCUGAUCGAGCUGUUAACGUCAAUUUUGACCCUGAAUCUCAUUUUCUUUUCUCCUUUUUUUCCCUUUUGUUUUUUUUUUUUUUUUUUUU